GAACUUUGCUUAUGUACUCUAAACUCAGGUUAACAUCGUUUGGACUGAUCUGGAAGCCGUCAUCCGAUAGUGACAGUGGUCGUAGUUAGAUCUCAGGUCUGGCCUGAUUUAAAAAGACAUCAGCAGAUGUAUUAGGCAAUUGGGAUCACUAGGAGAAAAACAUGCAACAUGCUACCUACCGGCGGAUCAAAUGACCCUGUAAACCGAAACAUCGUUUGUUUUGAGAACUAAACAUCAACCGGCAAGUGAUUGAAAAUUGUUCUAAAACCUUUUAAAUUAACACCGACACAACCUGGGUGAGCGCAAUUCACAAUCCCUCGAUUGAUAUUGCUGGAAAACAAAAGCAAUUUUUCCAAGCGUAAUGUUAUCAAGUCUUCUAUCGAUAGCUUGUUAAAAAUCCAUUAACUCGUUAACUUGUAUGUAAACCAAAUCAAAACAAACAAAAUGUUUCUUGUUUUACCAGUCAAAAUUGUAUGUUGUUAAGUUGACCCAUAUCCGCUUUAAAAAGCAACAAAAAACUGCAACCUACUGUUGAAAUUUUGUACGGUUUGUAGGUGUUUUGUAAAUGCUGUGAGCGAGUAUUUUAAUAGUGUUUUGAUUAACAGCAGAGAGAAGGUGUAAAAAAUGAAUCAAUUUCAACAUUUUGUCAGUCGGAAGCAAGAGGGGCGGGUUGCAAAACGCGUUCUGAUUGGCUCAUACGUGGCAAAAUGUCAUCUGAUUUCUACCUUUGCCCACCAGAUAUUUGGAGGCCUGUGAUUGGUCAAUUUUCGUCAGGCCACUCACAGGCCAUCGACAACAGCUCACUUGAAACGGUUUGUCGUAUAAAUUCUACGAACAUUUUGAAAAGUCUUCUUCUUAUACAUCGCCUGAUGGGAUUCACAAUGCAGUGUUUACUUUGUGGAAGGCGCUCUCCUUCGAGUGGGCAAUUUUUCCUGAACUUUUGCCGUCGAAUCGCUCCAUCAGUCGUCAAUGUUUUCGUUCGUGGUAUGGUGUUGUUCAUUCUCGGCGCUUUCUUUGCUUUGGUUUUGUUCAUGUUUUCCGUGCUACCUGAAGCGAGGAGAAAGCGAAUUCAAGCUGUAGACUUUGGAAUAAUUGCAAACUUGUUCAGUGCUGUGUGGUGGAUCGCUCCGUCUUCGGGAACAGCGGCUGCCUUAGUGGGAAUUAUGUACCCUUGCACCGACAUUCGACUUGGAAAACCUCACAAACUUGAAAGAGAAUGGUCAAGUGUUUUCAAAUGUGUGGCGUUCUUUCUUGGAAUAAGCCACGCUUGUGCUAAAAUUUCUUUCAACAGCCCAACAAAUUUUUCCCUCUUCAUGGCCAUAUCUUCGUUAAUUCUUUGGUGGUUAUUUGACCGAUCAAAAAAUGGCCUUGGACUUGCUGUGCUUAUAACAUUUUGUGCUUGUGCUCUUCUACAGUCCUUGAUAUAUCUUGGAGUGUACAGAAAUGGUGAACCAGAUUUCCUAUAUGCUAGAACAUGGAUUCCGUGGUUCUUUUUCUCUGGUGUUGUAACAUUUGGAACCAUUGGAAGACAGCUGGCCAUGAUUGAAUACAACUUUGGAAGAAGUAAAGAACAUGUGGACUAAGAAAAUGGUUAUGUAGUCCAGACGAGAUGCUCAAAGCAGGCAUCGAAAGAAGAACAUUCCCUUUGAAAUAUGGACGGUGUUAAAAAUGAUAGAACUGUAUUGAAGAAAUAGCAGUGUAAAAAUGGUUAGACUAAGUGCCAUGGUCUGUAGUAUAUCGUUGAAUAUAGUUGUGUUGUUAUGCGGUAUUGAAAUUCAAGGAGAUCGCAAGGUCACACUGCAAGUUAUAGUCCAAACUAUUGACUGAUAUUAAUAAUUAAUAUCAGUCCAAUUCAUGACCACUGCUGGAAAUAACAGUUGGUCAUGAAUUGGUCAAUGUCUGACUUGAUUUUGAAAUUAUCCACCUAAUUUUACAGUGUGGUUAGACAUCACAUCCAAGUACCAGUGGAAAAUGACUUCACUUUCUAUUGUGGUUAUCUAAUUGACAAACCAUGUGUGAUUUGAAACAUAUGGAAAAUCAUAAAUAGAUGGAUACACUAAAAUGUAAAAAUUAUUAUGUCUGGCCAAAGUAGAGAUUUGAAAGGACAUGUGUUCUUCUAAGUAAGGAAAAGGUCUGUCCAGCAGUGAAACUUGUUAAAAGUGACAUUAAAAUUAUUAUAUACGGUUUUUCUGUUACUUUUAAGAAAUGAUGCUUAAAAUACCAUUGCGUAGAUCUAGAAAAUAUCCAUACUCCCCCCACAGAAGGGAUUGGAAUUUCCUGGGGGGUGGGGGGUUCAGUAAGACC